AUGAACGAACUAAUUGCUGAUCCAUUACAUUCACUAAAUAAAGAGCAAACAGAACAACGAGAAGAAAAGGAGCAAGAAAGACAAAUAUAUCACCAACAACAGCUUCAAUUACAACAACAGCAACAACAAUAUAGUAAUAGUAAUAGUAAUAAUAAUAGUAAUGGUUUCGAACAAAAAAGAAUUUUAAAAAAUGUAGCAAGAGUUUAUAGGGAUGUAAAUGAAAAUCAACCUAAAGAAAGCUAUGAUUAUGAAAAUUACAGAAUUAAUUGGAAAGAUGUUUCAAGAUAUGAAAUUAUUCAAAAGAUUGGUAGAGGUAAAUACAGUGAAGUAUUCUCUGGCAUCGAUAUAAAUACAGAUGACGAGGUUGUAAUCAAAGUUUUAAAGCCUGUUCAAAAGUUAAAAAUUCAAAGAGAAAUUAAAAUUUUAGAAUCCCUCGAUGGAGGCACAAAUAUAAUACCUCUCUUGGAUUAUGUAAAAGAUCCUUUAUCAAAAGUUUGUAGUUUAGUUUUCCCAUUUGUAAAUAAAACCGAUAUUAGAGAAUUAGUAAACUAUUUAGAAGAUUAUGAUAUUAGAUAUUAUAUGUUUGAAUUAUUAAAGGCAAUAGAUUAUACUCAUUCUAAAGGUAUAAUUCACAGAGAUAUCAAGCCAUUAAAUAUAGCAAUUGAUCAUUCGAAAAGAAAAUUGUUUUUAUUGGAUUGGGGUUUAGCAGAAUUUUAUCAUCCUUUUAAAAAUUAUAAUGUUAGAGUUGCAUCGAGACAUUACAAGCCACCAGAAUUAUUGGUUAAUAUGUACGAUUAUGAUUAUAGUUUAGAUAUGUGGAGUUUUGGUUGUUUGUUUGCUGGUUUAAUAUUGGAUAGGGAUCCUUUCUUUGCUGGAGAAAAUAAUAAUAAUCAACUCUUAAAAAUCGUUAAAGUUUUAGGUACCGAUGAUUUAUACAAAUUUUUAGAUAAAUUUGGUUUGUCAUUGACUGAAGAACAAUCUCAAAUGAUAAAGCCACGUCAAAAGAGUAGCUGGGAAAGAUUCAUCCCAUACGAAAAUGAAGACAUUGCAACACCUGAUGCUAUUGACUUUUUAGAUAAACUAUUAAGAUAUGAUCCCACAGAAAGAUUAACUGCCAAAGAAGCAAUGGAACAUAAAUAUUUUGAUGUUUUAAAAUCAAGAGAUAAUAGUAUAAAUCUAAAUAAAUAA